AUGACAUUGACUUUGAACGACUUGGUGCGUCUGGUUGAGACCCAGAAGGAGCGAGCUGCCGACACUCUCGCCCAACUUGGAGGCAUCGAAGGUGUCGCGCAAGCGUUGAACGUCUCGCUGGAGCAUGGUCUGGACAACAACAACGCUGCGGAUCUGGCUUCUCGCGAACUCCGCUACGGCAAAAACUACGUUGAGCCCGAGAAGCCAAAGACGAUCUUCGAGCUCAUGUGGCAUGCCUUCCAAGACUUGACCAUCAUCAUCCUGACCGUGGCCGGUUUCAUUUCGCUGGUUCUGGGCUUCAUUCCGUUUGCUGAGGACGAACCGACGAAGGAGGGCGGCCGUCGAUUGGCUGGGGGGGGGGACCCGAGCGUGGCGUGGAUCGAAGGCGCGUCGAUCAUCGUCGCCGUGCUGAUCGUGGUGUUCGUGACGGCCAUCAACGACUACCAAAAGGAAAAGCAGUUCCGCGCGCUGAACGCCAUCAAGGAAGACGAGAAGAUCAAAGUCAUUCGCAACGGUGUGCCUGCUGAAGUGAGCAAGUUCAAUUUGGUCGUGGGGGAUAUUGUCCGUGUGGACCUCGGCGACAUCAUCCCUGCGGACGGAUUGGUGUUUGACGAAAGCGACCUCAGUUUGGACGAAAGUGCGAUGACGGGCGAGUCCGACUUGCUCAAGAAGAACCGUCGAUUGGCCCCCUUCUUGCUGUCGGGCACCAAAGUCAUGGAAGGCGUGGGCAAGAUGCUCGUCAUUUGCGUGGGGGAAAACUCCCAGGCCGGAAUCAUUUCCAAACUCAUCAUGGGCAAGGGGAAGGCCCCCAAGGCAUCUCAACCCGUGGUCGAGGACGAUGGGUAUGCUGCGGUGGAAACCCCUAAAGGCUCGGACGCCAAGAAGGACGGGGACUCGGAGGACGACGACGUGGUGUCGCCCCUGCAAGGCAAAUUGGACCGCCUCACGUUGCUCAUUGGCAAGCUUGGUCUGUUCACGUCCAUCUUUGUGGUCGUGGCGCUCAUCGUUCGUUUUUCCAUCGUCACGUUUGCCAUCGACGAGAAAGAGUGGAGCAACAAGUACUUCAAGAACUACCUCAACCAUUUCAUCCUCGGUGUGACGGUGCUGGUGGUUGCCAUCCCGGAAGGCCUGCCGCUGGCCGUGACCAUUGCGUUGGCGUACUCCGUGAAGAAGAUGCUCAAGGACAACAACUUGGUGCGCCACUUGGACGCGUGCGAGACCAUGGGAAGUGCCACCACCAUCUGCUCCGACAAGACCGGCACCCUCACCACCAACCGCAUGACGGUCAUGGAGUGCUACCUCGGCAAGGCGGAGUUCAGCUCCGCGCC